UUGAUAAAAAAGACCAUUUUUACAAACGAUGGAUAUACUAAAGGCAGAAAUAGCUCGGAAAAGAAAGUUACUAGAAGAGAAAAAGUUGGUGGACGAAAAAAAGAAAUACUUCAAGCGAGGUGAACUGUUGGCACAGGAGGAGAUUGAGUAUCUGGAGAAAAGUGGUUUAAACAAAUUCGAUGGUGUUGCCAGCAAUGGUUCCACCGAAACGGAUGGUACAUCUACACUGGGGGCUGAUCCAAAGUAUGACUUCAAGAAGCUACCACGGUCGGAAGUGAUCCGGAAGCUGCGUGAACGUGGUGAACCGAUCCUACUGUUUGGCGAAACGGAGAAGGAAUCGUGCCACCGGUUGCACCAGUUGGAAAUAUCUACGCCGGAAAUAAAUCGCGGCUUCCGCAACGACUUCCAGGAAGCGAUGGAACAGGUAGACGAAGAGUAUCUGAACGAAAUCCUUACUUCUAACGGACAGGCACCCGGCAUGGGCAAGGCGAAAAAUUCCAACGAAGAUUAUGCGAUCGAGGACAGCGUUACGUACGAAUCGAUACAGGAAAUGGCGGUACGGUUAGGGCGCAGCGGAAAGGAUCACGAUUGUCACGUGAUAAUGACGCUGAUACAGUUUCUGCUCAAAAUGUGGAACGAUCAGCUAAGUUCGGCAACGGCCGCCGAACGGAUGGCUACGAAAGGCAAAAUUGCACGUGCCACAUUCGAGCAGACGCGGCUGUAUCUGAAACCGCUGCUGCGCAAGCUAAAGAACAAAACGAUCCCGGAAGACAUUCUCGACAGUCUUACGGACAUUACGAAAAGUUUGCUAAAGCGCGACUAUAUCCAUGCGAGCGAUGCGUACCUGACCAUGGCUAUCGGCAAUGCACCGUGGCCGAUCGGUGUCACGAUGGUUGGCAUCCAUGCGCGUACCGGGCGUGAAAAGAUUUUCUCAAAAAACGUAGCACAUGUGAUGAACGAUGAAACGCAGCGAAAGUACAUUCAAGGCUUGAAGCGGCUGAUGACGAAAAUGCAGGAAUACUUUCCAACCGAUCCUUCGCGGUGCGUGGAGUAUGUUAGCAAGAAAGAUAGGCAAGAUUAA